AUGUUGGUGGAUGUCAGGUCUCCUGAUGGGCCACUUUCCAUAUUCCCAGCCUUUCCUUUGGCAGCAAAUUAAGAGAAUGUCUAUAUAAAUAUUUGUAUUGCAAGCAAACUAUGUGUAGGAUCAGCAUUAUGUUGACCAGCUGUGUUGACCAGCAGGUACCUGGUUACCAUACACUUCAGUCACUAUGAUACACCCGAAACGGGGUUGAUCCAUACUGGUCCAGGUAUCAACACCUACUCAGUAGACCUGCUGCCUGCCACUUAGUAUGAAGUCUGUGUGACUCUAAAGAAUCAACCACCCCGACAAGGCCAAUGCAUUGUUCUUGUGAGAGGAAGUGAUUUAGAAAAGUUCAUAUACAUUGUGGUCAUUGUACUUGCCAUGGUACAGGCAGUGCCAGCAGGAAUGUAUGCCUGCACUACUUAUAUAAAGUUUGACUGCUUAGAAUGUUUCAUGGAGGACUAAAGAAAAAACAGGAGGCAAGAAGAGAAACACAGAUCAAAUAAAAGACAUGGGACCUUUGACAGCCUCCAGGCUUCUAGCUAUGAGAGACUGUGGAAGGAUUCAAGCGAGGGCCGCAAGACUUGCAGGAGGUCUGAUGAAAGGAAACACAAGGCCAAAUUUAACCGCAAACAUACAAGAGUUCUACUGAAUGUGCACUCCUAG